CUCUCUUUUCCAAGCUUUGUAACUUUCCUAUUCUUUCUACUGCAACCUACUCUUCCUUCAAUACGAUUAACCAAUUUUCGGACACAUCUCGCCCUAAUUAGUGUUUAAAUUCUCUAUCACUUCCCCUGAUUCUCCAUCGCUUCCCAUCCCUUUUCUUGUUUUCUUGAUCAUCAUCGUAUAUUUUCAACCCUUUUCUUAAGAAACAAUCAUGGGUCAUAAACCAGGAUGGAAAAUGAUCGAUCACUUUGAUAGACUCAAGGUGGAGUUUGGAGAUAAAGGCUUCGAAUUAUCCGUUCCUCCUGAAUCAAGUCCUACUAUGACUCUUAACCCAAACCGGUUCAGGUCUGAUCAAUGGAACGAUCAGAAGGUCAUCAUCUCAGCGGGACAACUUCUUGCUGGUUUUCCUAUCCCUCUUUUGGAUAUGCGAAUUCCUCUUUUUUACCGAAUUCUCUCGCACGAUAUUUCAAGCGUGCGAUAUUUCAACUAAGUGGCGAAGCGAUUAGAAUAAUAAUCGAGUUCGCUCGUAGAGCUGCUGGUCUGGGAUCCCUUUAUCCUACAGAAUAUAGGAAUACGGCGUAUGCUGAUGCAGAGAUCAAUCCUGCAGAGUAUAAUCUUGAGAUAUUAUUUGACAAUUAUGAUGUGGCGAUGAUGAAGGUUGUGUCUUCUCGGGUUGUUUGCUUAAUAAGGAAGGACGACAUCGCAGAGAGUGACAGGAUCAUGCGAGAUGUUGAUUGGAAUGAUAAAACCAAUCGUACCGCGCGACAUUCAAAUGAUAAUCGUUUGGACGUAUUCCCUGUAGUUCUGGAAGGAUCCUGUAUUACUGUUUAUGGUAACAAUAGGACGAUCAAUCCUCUUCCCACGGGUUUCUUGCCUUACUCCCAUUGGGGAAUUUAUUUGGACUGAGGAGGAGAAAGUGAUUUCCAGAAUGAAGAGUAAUUAUAGGCGCUCUAAGAAGCCUAGUACUUUAGAAGAUCUUCACUCACUCACUGAUAAACUUGAUGAUAUUGAGGUUGAUGCCCCGGUUGGUGAGAGCUCUUUUGAUAGUGAGGAGGAAGAUCUCACUCGCUCGAUACCUUCUAAUGAUGCGAAGCUCAAGGGAAAGAUUACCCAUGCUGCUACUGUCUCCAAGAGGUGUGUCUCUAAUAAGGACAACCCCUCAAAGAGGAGGAAGAUUACCCCUUCUGCUUCGUCUUCCUGCCUCUCGGUCCCUGACUUUCAAGGGAGCGAGCUGCCAUUCUCAUAAGAGCCUUCUUUAGAUUCGCCCAUGACUCAGCUGUCUCAUAUCUUUAGAGAUUCUCUUGCAACGACUGGUUACGAUAAGUUAACUCGCAUUUGUCAGACGAUUUCUUCUAUGUGUAAUGCUCCCACUCUAAGUCAUGAAUCCCUGCCAGGGUCUGCCUCUGCCAUAUCUCCGGGACUCCUCUUUGCUAUAACUUCCUUGGGUGCGCGAGUUUCUCAUGCAAUUGCUUCAGAUUCGCACAGGAAGAAUGUACUUCUCAAGACUGAGUGUGCGAGGCUUAAGGGCGAGCUUUCAAAUCAGGCACAAGAGGCCGAAACCCUUCGCAGGCGAAACAAUCAAUUAAUAGACGUUUGUAAUUUAAUUGAUGAGGCAGCUCGUCUUCCUGAGGAUAUCGAUGUCCUUCUGGAGCUCCUUAAUGCUUCUUUAGAAUACUUUCCCAUGCGAGGCUUAAAUGACCUUGUCUGGGGAGAAGUGAAGUUGAAAUACGAGUCUCUUAUUAGUGAUCAUAGGCCCUUACUUGUUUGUAUGAAAAACUUUCAAAAUCGCCUUCGCGAGGAUAAGGAAAAAUUUAGAAUUUUGGAGGCAAGCAGGAAUACUCUUAUCUCUCAGAAGAAUAAGGUGGUUGAAAACGGUGCUAAGGCUCUAAAGAAACACCAUGAAGGUCUACUAAAGGUUCAAAUAGAUAGGGAGAGUGCUAUCAGUGAAUGAAAUGCACUCCUCGCACGCGAGAAAGACCUUCGUUCUCGUCUUCUGAUAGAGAGAGAUUCGGAAUUUAAGUGGACUGGGGCUAGCUACAAAUAUCAUCUUAGAAUCUGAUCAUGCCUCUCUUGUUAAAACCCUCAUCUCCGAAAGAGAAGGUUCCUUAUUGUCUUUAAUAAUUCUGCCUCUUGUUCAUUGAUAAGGUUAUGCUCGUGCGACCUUGACUUUGAUUCCUUUUUUUCGCAUGCGCUGAGAAGAAACACUUGGCUGAAAUCUAGAGUCUUAAAGCGAAGGCUGCUGCAGAAUCUGACUGUGCGGAAGCGAAGUAUGGUGCUCUUGAUGCUAAGUAUCGCAGGCUUAAAAGAAAACUUCGGGUUAGUGUCUCCAACUUAACAAAGGAGGCCAUUCGCGUUCGUGAUGAGUCUCUUAAGGAAGAGGUUGGUAGUAUGUGCUCUCAACAUAACAUUCCUCUCCCAGAUUAUGAAUUUGAGAACCCAGUCGAGAAUGAAGAAAAUUCUGAGAUUUCUGACAGCGAAAACUGAUGAUGAGGAUGAUGAAGUCGAGGAAGAUCAGGAUUCGGAGGUUGAUGAAGAUGAUGCUGGCAAGAAAUAAAUAUUUGCUUUGGUUCUCCUUUUAGUAUGUUGAUGAAGUCCAUGUUCUUUGUAUUAUAAACUCCUUCCUUUGUACAUA